ACAAGGAGCUCUUUAAGCCCCGGCACCGACACACAGAGCAGGCAUUCAUACUUGGGCAGCGCAACGAGGGGGCUGGGGAUCGAGCGUCACUUUGGAAACUCGGGAACUCACGGAUUCUCGUGCUAAACCGGCGACCUCCUUUUCUCACUGCUGAAGUCUCUGCAGCUGGAUUUCAAUCGCGGGACACACGGAGGAGAGAGAAGGGGAGUCAGGAGGGAAGUGAGUGCGGGUGAGUUGGCGUUUGGCGUUGACAUUUGUGCAUUAGCAGGUAAACUGGGGUCCAAGGUGCGCGCUGAGCCGCCUAUGAUACCAACAACCCGGAUGGAAAGAACUUUAAUGUGGAAUCCUCACAGAGUUUUGCAACGGAGGCUGAGAGUAGAGACAGACUGGCAGUUUAUAUUAUAACUUAGACGAAGCCAGAGAGACAGAUCAGACAGCAGUCGACCGACACUCCGUACUCUGUAGGAUUAACAGGAACAGGGACUCCACAGGCAGAACUGAGCAUUUAGGAACAGGCCGUGCACCCUAUCUGCGCACCUGGAGGUUUGUGUGUCUAGGAAGAUGUCGAGAGAGGAGCAGAGCUUGUCGGAGGUUGAGCUCAGUCCCGGGAUGUCGGACGACAGUCGCUCUCUGUCCCCGGGCCAGUCCUCCGGCGCGACCGGCGGGGGGGACUCGCCCCUCCACGGGACCCAGCAGGCACAGCUGGCGGGUCUGGAUGACACGUCGGCGGGCUGCUCCUCGGCCAGAUCCGAAGACGAGGACGACCGCUUCCCUGCAGGCAUCCGCGAGGCGGUGAGCCAGGUGCUCAACUGCUACGACUGGACCCUCGUGCCCAUGCCCGUGCGCGUGAACACCGGAGGAAAGAGCAAGCCACACGUGAAGAGGCCCAUGAACGCCUUCAUGGUGUGGGCGCAGGCGGCGCGGAGGAAACUGGCCGACCAACACCCACACCUGCACAACGCGGAGCUCAGCAAGACCCUGGGGAAGCUCUGGAGACUUCUCAAUGAGAGCGACAAGCGACCAUUCAUCGAGGAAGCAGAGAGGCUGAGGAAGCAGCACAAGAAGGACUACCCAGACUACAAAUACCAGCCACGACGCCGCAAGAAUGGAAAGCUUGGUUCCGGUUCAGGGAGUGAGGCCGAAGGCCAUUCGGAGGGUGAGGUCAGCCACAGCCAAUCCCACUACAAGGGCCUCCACCUGGAUAUGGCCCUCAGUGGGGGAGCCGGGUCCCCUCUGGCAGAUGGGCACCACCCUCAUGCUGCAGGUCAGAGCCACAGUCCUCCAACGCCUCCCACAACUCCCAAGACAGAGCCUCAAUCUGGGAAGGCAGGGGAUGGAAAGAGGGAGGUUGCUGGGAAUGGGGGCUCCCGUGGUACAACGGUAGCGGAGGGAAGCUCAGGUGCUCCGGGAUCUGGGAAACCUCACAUUGACUUUGGUAAUGUUGACAUUGGUGAGAUGAGCCAUGAGGUGAUGGCCAACAUGGAGCCUUUUGAUGUCAAUGAGUUUGACCAAUAUCUUCCCCCAAAUGGGCACCCGGGGGUUGGACAAAGUGCCGGGGGAGCUGCAGCUGCAACAGCUUCUCCAGCUUCGCCGUACACCUAUGGCAUCUCCUCAGCUCUGGCAGCAGCCAGUGGACACUCAGCAGCCUGGCUCUCCAAGCAGCAGCAGCCUCCGCAGCAACAUCAUGGCUCCCCUCUGGGCUCAGACCCAUCCAAGGCCCAGAUCAAGAGUGAGGCCGGAGGUGCUGGGGGGCACUUUGCAGAGGCCAUCUCUGCAGGUUCCCAUGUUACUUACGCACCCCUCAGCCUUCCUCACUACAGUUCUGCAUUCCCCUCACUGGCCUCCAGAGCUCAGUUUGCUGAUUAUGCUGAUCACCAAGCCUCAGGGUCAUACUACGCCCAUUCAAGCCAGGCCUCGGGGUUGUACUCAGCCUUCUCUUACAUGGGGCCCUCCCAGAGACCCUUGUACACACCCAUCCCUGACCCAGCCAGUGUACCGCAGUCACACAGCCCCACACACUGGGAACAGCCCGUCUACACUACACUGUCGCGGCCAUGACAGAUAACGAGACCAGAGGGCACCGGUGCAGGUUCAGCCCCCAUGGCAGACCCAAGGAGCAGCAUCAGCAGCGACAACAGCAGAGCUGGUGGCAUCGAAGGUCAAAGUGGUCUCGGCUGGGGGGAGUGGGCAGGCACCGGAGGAGGAGGCUGGGGAGGCUGGAGGGGAGAAUCCCCGCACUGCGCUUUCCCAGAUGCAGAAACGCUUUCGCAGCCCAAGUAUGAGCUUGGAGCGUGCUGCUUUCGGAGCGCGGUCGAUUAUUAGAGGCGCACAGGGUAGGAGUCAGGGAGUGUUACUUUGAGGGUGCAAAGAAAAAACACUCACCAACCACUGCAGAGUUUCAGGUUAGAUUCACAGCAGCAAUGCCUCUGGCACUUUCAACAACACAUUUAAAAGUGUUCACAGAUGGUAACGGGUCAUGACCCCAUUGGUUUGUUGACUCACUGUGUGUCGAAGGAGGCGCGUUGUAGUGUAUACCCCACAAGUGAACAAAGGGGUCAGUAGCAACAGGGACCAUGGCACACAGUAAGAAUUAACAUCUAAAUAUGGAAUUAAGGUCAGAACUUUGACCUGUUUUAUGAAGGGCGUGACUGAGAGGUAGUCAGAGUUGUUCUAUAUGAAAUGUUUUGUGGCUUGCCAAAUCAUUGGGCUGUAGCCCAUUUAUUUCUCAGGCAAGAUUGACCCUUUCUCAAACACAUGUUAGUUUUGUAUUGCUUUCAGAAAUCAGUACAACAAAAUACUGAAAACAUUCUGUUGGUUUAUGAGGCACAUUAGUCCCUAUUUAAUUCAAAUUAUUGUGCUGUGUUGACUUCAAAUGCCUUUUGUACAAUGGACAUACAUGGAAGACAAACACCAUAAAACCUUGUUGAGUUUUGUUAAGUGAAAUGUAUAUUUAGUCAAAAAGAUUGACUGACUGACUAUUAUCAGGAUAGUCUAUAAAAUGUACUUGAAGUAACAAAUGUACAUAUAUUGAUGAAUACAGAUAUGAAAUAUUUGUAAAAACAACCAAAGUUUUAAGACCAAAACUUUAGUAAUAGACAAGAAACUGAAAUUAUGGAUGUUUCUCCCAACAAGACACUACAAACUACCUUACGUUGUGUAGCUAAAUAGUUCUCUCUUAUCUGUCAUCUUUCCAACUUGACGUAUUGUAAUUUUUUUUUUUAAUCUAUUGAUGUCAAACAAUCCUGUUGCAUUUUUUCCACACAAAGGCACUGAUGUGAUCAUUUUAGUUAGUGUUUGAUGUAUUCAUGUAGAAGAUUCAUGUAAAAGACAAUGCUAUUUAUACAUGGAUGGUUUAAUUUCACAGACCAUGAUUGCAAUGUCAGAAUACUGAUUACAUAAUGGAAGCUUUUACAUUGUUUUAACUAUUGAUUGUAUUUAUGCUGUCAAAUGCUUGUUGCCAUUAUUAUCUCCACUUUCCUGCACCACUGCCUUUUCUUCGCCACAGAUAAACUUUUUGCAAUGUCACAUCUUUUUAUUGUCAUUUUUGUAUCUUUAAAAGAAAAACACAUUUUAAUACAGUUUCGGUGUUGGUGAUGCCAUUUAUGAUAAACGGUUGCCAGAGAUUGAGCGAAGAAAGCCUACAGGAGUUAAUACAGCCUCAUUUUAAAAAUAAAAUGUGCCUGGUCUCUAAUACUUGUUACUAACACACAGAAAAGAGGCAACAAGCUGUGUUUUGUUAAAUCCAGAUUGUGUCUUUAUCAUUUUUUUUGUAAACUAUUAGUUUACCUGUUUUUUUUUUCUGGGAAUGUCUUUUAUAUUCUGUCUUCUACACUAUUCUUUAAGUAUCUUAAAAAAAGAAUCCUUUUUGCUUUUUACUUACUUUUUAUGUAUAUCACAGAAAUAUUCUUUUUCAUUUCUGGACACAGAUAUAAACAAUAUGCAUGCAGCACUCCUUGUUUUAAUUAAUGGUCCACUGGUGCUUUGAGCCUGUUUUUAUUUAACCAAGUAGUCAUUUUACAUUUGUAUUGCUGUGUUAAACGUCUGUAAUGUUGCCAUGAAUUUUACAUUAUCUAUUUAUAUUUGUUUUGUGUUUGUGUGUGCAGUUUAUGGUUGCUCUCCAUUUGGAUGAAAACCUUUCUGUUGAUGCCAUUUUAGUAUUUAAGCUUUUCGUUCUUGUGUAACUUUUGCCAGCACAGCGCCACAACUUCUAAAUAACAGCAGGGCCGCAAGCCUAAACAUGUGAUGAUGACUAAUGAUCUCUUUACUCUCACUUGAAAUAAAGCUAUUAUUUCUGCUUUGA